AUGGACGUGGCAGCCUCGUCGGGAUGGCCUCAGCCACGCAGCUUCGAAGACUCGGAUGUUCUCCUACUCCAGCAAGAACAGAAUCUGCAGCAGCAGCUUGAACAGCAGACGAAUCUUGGGUCACCCGGCCCCCAAGGCCCCCCUUCUACACUCACGGCCCAAGACACACAACAGGGCACUCCAGGUGACCCUCCGCCGGCCAAAGUACGCCGGAACGGCACAGCACACCUCAGUGCCAUCGAGCGGCUGCGCGCCCGCACCCUCUACUUCGAUGGUCGCCGCACCAAGCGGGAGAUUGUCAGCCUCACAGGCUACUCCCUCUCGCAGGUCCGGACAGCCAUAAAGCAGCCCGUCCCUAAGAAGCGACCGGGUCGGCCCCGCAAGGACGGUACCAACGUACUAAAUACCUCUACCACGGCUACAGCCGCCCCGGCUCUCACCAGCGGGCCCGCUCGCCGUCGUGGCCCAGUCGCUCCGUGGGAGGCUGUGCAGACAAUGACGACGCCAAUGGCCAUGGCACAGCAGGCUCUGAGCCACGGGGCAAGCCAUGUUUCAGCAACAAACAAAGAUGAAGAGAGCAGUGAUGACCUAGAGUCGGACAAUGACGACGACUUGGAUGUAGACUUGGACGGUCAGAGUGCCCUAGAUGAGACGGCGCCGAACAACGAGCACAGUAGCGCAAGGCCUCUAGAGUAUCUGACCAAGACUCAACCGCUCGAGCAAGAUCCUCUGUUGAGGAUCCACGCCAGCGACCCUACCAAGACGAUUGUGCUGGUCACCAACGCCAGUACUGGCAUUGGCCAUGCCAUUGCGUCCGCUCUUUGCCUAGCAUAUUGCCCAUCGGUCACAGCUCGCCCCCCCAGCGGCGGGCCGUACCAUGUCCUCUUGGCGGACCGUGACUUUGUCCAAGCAAGCGACGCAGCCAGGACCCUGACAUGUCAUCAUAGUAACACUGUCAGUCCGCUGCAGUUGGAUACGCGCGACCCGCAAUCCGUGAUCAGUGCGGCACGGUUCAUCCACGAAGCGGUAGGACGUAUCGACGUGCUCGUACUCAACAACAGCGACCAUGGCCAGAACGAGCAUAGAAGUCAAGCACAACCGAAUGACCUCGUAUCCAUACUGCGGGACAUGCUAGAGACAAACCUGGUGUCCUCGUACGCGGUGAGCGAAGGGUUGAAGUGGCUGCUCAUGGCGCAGCCUGCCCUCCGCACGACUGCCACAUCCACGACGCCAAGCGCUGCCACUGCUGCGGUGCUGGCUCCGGCACAGCUUCACAAAGUGAAGAGGUUGAUACACGUGACAUCCCCACUGUCGUCAAUUGCUGUGCAGCAGAGCCAGACUCGUUUCGCGCUCCAUCAUCAUUCUCAUAUGACGAAUGAGAAUGGAUCUAGCGGGAUCACUAACUAUUCAGCUCCUAUGGCUGGCGGAAACCACACCGACGCACCGCCGCCCACCCCCGCCAUGGCAGAGUACCGCAUGUCACUAGCCGCUCUGAACAUGCUAGCAGCGUGCCAAGCAUCUGCGGCUCAGGCCGCCGGCGUCCGCGUAGGCGUAUGGAACAGCGGCCUCCUCCCACCGCCACCAAUGCCGGCAGAGUUUGCCCGGGCCGAUCCCCGGCAAAGCAUAGGCGACAUGGUCCCCGCCGCGACUGAAGCCUCGGGUGCGGCCAACCGCACGGAGAGGUCGCAAAAGCGCCGGAGGUGGCGCAGGCAGAAUGCCGGUGGGCCUGGGAUUGAUCAGGAGCAGGUCCUUGCUGCGGGGAGGGCGUUUGUGAGGGUCGUCAAUGGAGAGCGGGAUGCAGAGUUUGGCGGGUUCAUGGACACGUACGAAGGGUUUUUGCCGUGGUGA